AUGUCUUGCCCUUUAGAUUCACAGCCCAUUUUGACCAUCACCACCUCAAAAAAUUGGGUGCUACCUCCAAGACCCAAGAACGUGCGCAAGAGUAAACCUUCUCUGGAGAAGAAAAAGGUCAAACAGCAGACCGCAAGAGCACAAAAUGCACCCCUGUGCCCAGGGAAAGUGGCAGAGGUGAAAAAAGAAAGGCUGCAGAUAGCGCAUCCGUGCCCUGCUCCGCUGAUACCCAACUCAGCCAGCUCGUCUGCUUUGGACUCUCCAGACGAGCUUGCAGCCCGCAUUCAAAUUAUAAAUAACGAGAACUACCAGCUCAAGACGAAGCUACUACUGUUGAUUCAUGACUACAAAAGCCUCAAGUCGCUCGUGACGUCGCCGGCAAUACCGGAAACGCCUCCCGUUGAGAUUCUAUACGAUACCACAACCACUGCACGGAAGCGCGUGUAUCCAGAAAUAUGCGACGACAUGAACGGUCUCAUAUCCGACAUGAGCGGUCUUUCUCACGCAAGCCCCCAUUCGGUUGUGUCUCCGAUUGAUCAAGAGCUGGACCAAUCCGGCUUUGAGAUGGAAUUGUUCAACUUCAUAAACCUCGAGCAAGACCCUCUCGAGAACAUUGGCGAAGAAUACGAGGCAGAAUUGCGCGAUCAGGAUGAAGAUGACGAGGAAGACUCAGCAGCGUUGUCCAGACUGCUGUCGCCUACUUCUGACUCCGACGAGAAUCUGCUCAUGACCACACUCACAAGAUCGACUACAGUCUCGACGACGAAUUCCGUCAUGGAGAAAAAACCAUUUUCUCAGAAUUUCAAGUUUCAUGACCUUCCUGAAUUCUCUGAAGAAGACUACGCUUUUCUGUUUGACAAAUCCUUUUCUCCGGAAAAAAUGAUGUCGGUGAUUGAAGAAGACCAGUACAAUCAAGUCGCCGAUUUCUUAGAGGAGAAGUUGAUGAGUAAUGACGUUCAGUAUUACGUGGAGAAAAACCACAAUUCAUGA